GAAAGCGUAAGUGAGCUUGGAGACCGUACGCUCUGUAACUUCGCGGGAAGAAACCCUAGUUUCUCUGAUUGCACUUGCCUUCCAGAGAAGUAAAAGGUUUUUGCUAGGAUAUGAACAAUAGUUCUUCUUCCAAAUCGCACGGUCUAGAUCAGCCUGAGUUAAGUGGGCCCACGCCAAAAUCACUGCGCACCAAAAUGGGCAAACCAGAAGACAGUGAAAAGAAGAUUUUUCAUAAGAAACUCAAAGAUGUUGAGAUUAGUGUUCCGAUAGUGUAUGGCAAUAUUUCAUUCUGGCUCGGUAAGAAGGCAAACGAGUACCAAUCACAUAAGUGGACUGUAUACAUCCGCGGGGCAACCAAUGAGGAUUUGGGAGUGGUGAUAAAGCGUGCUGUUUUUCAGCUGCAUUCCAGUUUCAAUAAUCCCACAAGGGUGAUCGAGUCACCACCAUUUGAGUUGUCAGAAUGUGGUUGGGGCGAAUUUGAAAUCGCUAUUACUCUUUUUUUCCACAGUGAUGUUUGUGAUAAGCCAUUAAACUUAUUUCAUCAUUUGAAGUUGUACCCAGAGGAUGAGUCUGGUCCUAUGUCAACUAAAAAACCUGUUGUCGUGGAAUCCUAUGAUGAGAUUGUGUUCCCCGAGCCUUCAGAGGCAUUUUUAGCUCGUGUGCAGAAUCAGCGAGCUUUAAUUGUGCCCAGAUUACCUGCUGGCUCUGUUUUGCCUCCUCCUGUGCCAGUUGAGGAUCCAAGUAAGAGAAAGAGAGGUGACACCAAAGAUCAUCCGAUGUCCCAGUGGUUCAUGAAUUUCUCAGAAGCAGAUGAGCUGUUACAACUUGCAGCAGCUCGUCAGCAGGUUCAAGCUCAUAUUGCUAAAUUUCGAAGAGAGAUAAGUUUGCUAGAUGGACAGCAGCAGCAACAAGUGAAUUCUGUCUCCGACCAGUGAAUGUACAUUACCUGCAGAUUUUUCGAUAUUUCAGUUCCAAAGUGAUUUUGCAGAAGAUGCUUUCAGAUUGCUUUCGUACAGAUGCACUCGAUGACAUUCAAAUGUAGCAAUUAUAUGUAUUUUCCCAGCUGUGGAGAAAUUUUGUCCUUUCGCAUUCUUUUAUUUUUCUGUUCUACACGAAUUGGUGGUGUUCUUCAUCACAAUGCGGCUCU